AUGCGCGAGCAAGGCCGCCGAGGGCGCCCUGUGUCACUUGGUGAUGCAGGCGCUGGUCAUGAAGACACUCGUGUCUUCACAGAGUACGAGCUCGGUGUCUCGUACUCUCCUGAUACGGAUGACGGAUCCGUAUCGACGGCGAUUGAAUCCAAGCCGCCUGCCAAGCGUGGCAUGGACGAUGCUUUGCGUCGCAGCAUCUUUGGUUCAUCUGAUGAAUCAGAUGAAUCAUCGCCGAAGCGAAGGCGCUCGAGGUCGCGAGACUCGGGCGCUAAUAGUGGUGUCGGUUCUCCUAUGGACACCACUUCACAGCGAGGUGCCAGUACUUCUGUCGGCACGUCGCAGGAAGAGCGGGACCGCAAUGUCUUGCGUCUCGCUCCCGAAAAGAAGGCAUGGAUGCCUCCAAAAUCCGUCAUGGUAUCACUUGUCGGCGACGACUAG